GACCAACAUUCUGUCGUCGUACGGCAGCAUUGACGUCUCGCAGCCAACAAAACGGAAAUCCCAUCAAUUGCGUAUCCUUUUUAAGCUUGUAACGGUUUCUCUGCGGUCCAUUCAAAACGCUUUUAGUGCAAGAGUCAGCAUCAAUUCCUGUUACAGUCACGAAGACCAAGUGCAAUUUACGUGUUUGGCGCGCUAACUAAUUUAUACUUCGACUGCGUGCUCCCUGGCUAAUCCUUCAAAGCCGCUUAGCUCUUAGCUUGCGGUCACAUUAAACGUAUCACCGACUUUUUCGUAUGACCGUCGCCUAAUUGAAGUUCAAACUCUUAAUAACAAUUGCUUAAAUUAAAGUUAUAAAAAUGAAGCUUAUUGUCUAUGUCUACGUGUCAAUGAUUGUGCUGGGCGUGCAGGCUUGGCCCAAUGUAAAGCGUUCCUUUGAGCUUUAUCCCAACGUCGUUGCAUUGCCCUACACUGAGCAUAAAAUCUCAGAUUGCAUGCAUGUGACUUCCGAGCCAGGUGAUUAUGUCUUCAAGAAGUCGGCCACGUCCUCACCACAGUCCCAAUUGCCCACAUUCAAUUUAAACAGAGAGACAACGCUGUUGGAGCUUGAGGCAGCUGCUGCUGCUGCAGAUCCUGCCGCUGUGGCUGCCGCAGCUGCAGCUGUUGCUACUGAUGCCACAGUUUGCGGUCUUUACGUCAUAGGCGAACCAGACACGCUUGUCGAGAUUACCAUGAAGCAUUACGAUGUCAACUGCGAGUCCGGCGGCCUCAUGGCGUUUGUCGAUGGCUGGGAGCUAAAUGGCGAGUACUUCCCCGGUGUGCAGGAUCAUCAUCGUACGCUAGAGGAUCGUGUCUACGAGUUUUGCAACAACAACAAGCAGUGGCCACGCAUUAGCAACAAAAAGUUCUUUCGCUCCAGUCAGAAUGCAGCGCUGCUGCAGUAUAGAAUACCUAAGCAUGGCUCCUUUGUGGCCAAUGUGCGUUUCCACAAGAUAACACAACCUUGCAACGUUUUAGUGCAGAACACUGCUGCUGUCUACAAGAUCUCCAACUAUGGACAUCCGCGCAACUGUACGCUCUCCGCUAUUUUUCCGGCAGCCAUCUCUUUGGGAAAUUUACGCAUAGGCGGCAAGAGCGUGCGCAAUCAGGCUAAAGUCAAUUACGAUUGUCAAUCGAAUGAGGAUCGCUUGGAAAUAGGAGGCAGCGCUGGCUUGGACAGUGCCGGGCUGGAGCUUGCCAGCGCUGUGUGUGGCCAGAGCGGCGAGCUGGGACCGGAGCAGGCGAUCUACUGUGAAGUGACCAGUGUGCGUCUGGUGUCCACGGGCCGCUAUCAGAACCAGGCCACAGUUAUAGUACGCAAGGCCGAUGUGGAGGAUCUGGACAUAGCCACGCUCAUGUGCGCGCUUUAAGGCGUUGGGCGUGGGCUAGGACGGCGACAAUGAUUACAAAACGAUUUCUGUAUGUAAAUACUUAUGCAUGUGGUUGAAAAUAUGUGUGCGUAUAAAAUAUAUAUAAAAAACGUAGCAACAAGUAUACGCAAGCCCCAAAAGCAAAACUAAAAAA